UUCCUAGGGCUCUAGAAGUAUUUUGUCCAUGGCGGGAAGGUGCUCUAAAAUAGAGUGGUGGCGAGUCAGGAGCAACCACCGUUCCCAAAUAAUGUCAUUCCUUGAAGAUUUCCAAGCCAAUUUGGAAUCACUGCCUAAUAUACUGCAAAGGAAGUAUGCAUUGUUGCGUGACUUAGAUAAAAGCUUACAAGAGAUUCAAAGGCAAAAUGAACAACAUUGUGAACAAGAAGUAGAGGAUAUUAAGCAGGGAAUUAAGGCCGGUAACAUUACGCCAAAUGCUACACUUGUUAAAUUCUCAGACGAGGCACUUGAUGAACAAAAGCAUGCCAUCAGAAUUGCUGAUGAGAAGGUUGCCUUGGCCGUUCAGGCAUAUGAUUUGGUAGAUGCUCACGUUCAACAACUUGAUCAAUAUUUGAGAAAAUUUGAUGAAGAACUUCGCCGUGAAAGAGAGAAUGUUGGUACAGCUGGUUUGCCUGUUCAAAACCUUGAUGGUAAUGUGAAAUCUGGAAGGGGCAGUGAUAGUAGCAAAGGAGGCCGUAAGAAGACACGGCUAAAUGCAGCGGCAGCAGCCGCAGUUGCAAAUCCAACCAGUAUGGAUCUAGACCUACCAGUGGACCCUAAUGAACCCACAUACUGUUUAUGCAACCAAGUGAGCUACGGGGAGAUGGUUGCGUGCGACAACCCUGAUUGCAAGAUAGAAUGGUUUCAUUUUGGCUGUGUUGGUCUGAAAGAACAGCCCAGGGGAAAAUGGUAUUGUUCAGAUUGUGCUGGAAAUCAAAAGCGUCGGAAAGGAAAAUGAUGUGAAACAUCUUUCAUGAACCUGUAAAGUAUAGAUUUACUCAGCCUCUCUGAAAGUUGCUCAAUGUUGGCACCAUGUGAGUUGUAGAAAAAAGAUAUUCAGCCAUGAAUUUUUCAGUUAAUGUGGUUUGUAGAUGUUGGAGUUCAUCAACGGAACAUGGGCAUGGAUACUAUGGAAAUUCUUUAAUGGGCAUUGCCAAAUUAAUAAUAAUCUUAGCAGACAAUCGUUAAUUUA